AUGGCAGGUGCCGGCAAGGGGAGCUCGGGCUCACUCCCGCGACGCCAGGACCCGCCCAGGAGGCCACCGAAGGACGGUUAUGGUGUCUACGAAUACCCAAAUUCUUUCUUUCGAUAUGAAGGAGAAUGGAAAGGAGGGAAAAAACAUGGUCAUGGGAAGUUGCUGUUUAAAGAUGGAAGUUAUUACGAAGGCGAGUUUGUAGAUGGAGAGAUCACAGGGCAAGGCUGCCGGCACUGGGCCUGGUCAGGCAACACCUACUGUGGACACUUUGUCCUAGGAGAACCUCAAGGACACGGCACCAUGAAGUACAAAGCCGGGGGUCACUAUGAAGGCGAGCUCUCCCAUGGCCUGAGGGAAGGACAGGGGGUUCUGGUGGACGUGGAUGGACAGGUGUACCAGGGAUCCUUCCAUGACAACAAGAGGCAUGGCCGUGGACAGAUGAGAUUUAAGAACGGUGACAAGUACGAAGGCGACUGGAUUCAGGACCAGCGUCAGGGACACGGGGUGCUGUGCUGUGCCGAUGGCUCCACAUAUGAGGGACAAUGGCACAGUGACGUCUUCAGUGGCCUGGGCAGCUUGACCCACUGCUCAGGAGUCACCUACUGUGGGAUGUGGAUCAAUGGUCACCCAGCAGCACAAGCCAGCAGGAUUGUGGUUCUGGGUCCGGAGGUGCUGGAAGUGGUCCAGGGCUCUUCCUUCACUUUGAACAUUCAGCUGCAACAGGACAAUGGGAGAGUUGCCAAGAGCGAGAGUGGCCGAGCCCUGAAGAUCUCAGGGGGUGUCAGAUAUGUGCAACUCUCAGCCUUCUCUAAGGUCAGCUUUUUCAAGAUGGACAAAGACCACCAAGAGACGCCCAUCCAGACCCCACUUGGCUUCCAGUGCAUCUCCUAUCCUCUGUGCACUGCUUUAUCCUGGGGGCUGGAGCCCAGGGUACUCACAGAGAGCACCGGGGCCAUCUCACCACUCUCCAUGGGAGACUUGGAGCCAGUGCUAGAUUCAGGAGCCGCCGGUGGCCCAGAGGACACCCCCAGUUUCCUGCCUGGUGACUAACACAAACCUGCCUGUCAGCGAGUGGAGUACGGCCAUGCUGAGUUUGUGGAUGUCUUCCUUGGGCCCCCUCCACCCAGGCUCCAGCCCUUCCUGUUCCUGCCCAGUGACCCCGAGAAGGCCUGCAGCAGACCCAGGGAGGGCCUGUGCCCCGUGAGAAGAAGGCCGAAUGCCCAGGAGCCCCCAGGAGGCAGCAGCAAACAGGAGCUCAAAUGCCUCCGUAGCCAGCUUAGGGCUCCAGUUGAAAUAACCAUGCCCAGAGCGGAGGCCCAGGGCCCAGACGCAACAGUGAAACUCCAGGAGAAGAUGGCAUUUGGCAGGACUGGAAGGAGAGCCAGUGGCUGUGGCCUAAGCGCCUGCUGCCUGCUGAAGCUGCUGCAGUUCGAUUGCCUGCUGAUGAAGCUCGUUUAUACCACAGCCGAGGCAGACUUAAAAAACAGCCGAGUUCCGGCCAACGUGGAGAACCCCACCCGCCCAGUGUUUCCUCUGGAGAGCGGAUGUGAGCGCAGACAGCUGAGCAUGCUGAGGUCAUAUCAGUGUGCACCCCAAGGCCCCAGGCCUUGCUUCCGCUCAUCCCGGAGCAGUGGCAGCGCCACAGCUGAGAGUGACGUGGAAACAUCUCAGUUCAGCAAAGGCAGAGGUGGGAGCCUGGCCAAGUCCUCCCCACAGGUGACCUGCCCUGGACACCUGCAAGGUGUGUCUGAACAGGCUGUACUAGCCCAUUACUUGCUGCAGAUCAAAGAUUGUGUGAAUGGGCCCCGGUGCCGCCUUCAUGGGACCUCAGGCCUGAAGCCUGCCUCAGGGGCUGUGCCCACCUCGGGAGACGGUGUAGGGCCUGAUGGGACCACGGCAGAGCCAGUGCCAGCUGCGUACCCAGGGGAGUAUGUGGUCAUGAUCUCUGACGUGACCACCCCUCCAUUCCUGGGCCGCACACUCCCCACCGCCUUCAAGCAUCUUCGGGUCUUGGCCAAGGGGCCGGCCAGCUGCCCCGAUGCACCCAAGAGCAGCGAGGGCUCUCGGAGGCUACCCUUGUCUUGA